GCAGGCACAGAGGGAGGCGCCGGGGCACGGCGGUGCCGGGAUUCCCUCGCCCCAUCGCUGGGCUGACCUCCUGGCGGCUUCUUAGCUUCCCUCGCCCCACUGCUCUCCGCCGCAGCCCGGGCAGAGGAUCCCCCACCGCUCUUCCUGCGCUCCCCUUCCCCUGGAAGCCGUACAGAGAGGUGGCAGGCAGUGAUACUUGUUCACCGUCUUCGUUGUCACAGAUGGUCUGUUGCAGUGCUAAGGGAAAGCUAAACUGCUCCAAUCCAUUGAUGCAAAAAGAGCCAACGUGUAGCCUGAGACAAAAGCGGCCAUAGGGUAAACCAGCAACAACAUGAAACUGUGCAGUAGCAGAGGUGUUCAUCGCCUAAAAGCCAAGGAUGAAAAUUAAACUUUCACUUUCGUGAACAACACCUCUGAGUGUGCAGGACCAGCAUUUAUUAGGACAGGCUGGUGUCCUGCACCAUUCAGCAUGAUCUAAGUUGGAUCGUGUAGAGGAAGGUAUGUGAAGGGCUGAUUAGGACGAGUAAGGAAUAAAUAGCUUCCCUGAAACUUUCUUCCUAUCCUCGUGAGGGAAUGGGUCUUUGCACUGAAAUGGUUUCAUUAAAGAAAAUGCUCAGUGAGAAGAAAUCCAGCACCCCAUGUACGAAGUUAUUUCCUCUCUGCUUCUCUUCCCUUCCAUACUUUUAGCUAUAAAUAGGGCCCUAGCUUUCAAAGUUUGGAGCUGUCCUGAUUUUCAUUUGAUACAGCCUCAUUUUGAAGAGGAUUAUCUAUUUUAAUAUCUAGUUCAGGUCCUAAGUAAUAUCUGUAUAUUAUAGAAACUAUACAGUGAAAAUAUGCACAGAACUAUGGGACAAAUGCAAUCCUUGCACUGACAAGACUUUGGUAAGACUGUACGCUUGGCCCCAGAUAAUCUCUUGAAGGAUUUAAAAUGGCACAUAAAACUUGCUGUGAGUAGGCUUUUGAGUGUUUCAAAUGUAGAGGUCUCUAUCUGAUCUUAAAUAUGUGAAUGCUUUUUGCCAAGUACCUUAAAUUAAUUUUCUGCACUUAGGAUAGGACAUGACAGUGCCGUUUUUGUUCUUUUCAUGCACUAAGCAGCAUGCAUCCAAAUAUUUGAAAUGAUGACAGCAAUUAAAGACUACAUUUGGAUUGAUAUGAAAAAUGCCAGACUCACUAACUUAGCUAUAGUAGUGUCUAAUACACACUUAACAAAAGAUUUAACCUCAGUUAAAAUUGCUUGGUAACAUGUAUCAAGUAAUAUGAUAUUUUGGUAAAAGCUUUAGAGAGAAAGCCUUACUAAGAAAUCUGAAAGUAUUGCAUGUCCAGGUAUAAUGGGAAUUUUUAAAUUGUUUCAAUGGAUCAAUUGUAUCUGAGAUACUACAUAUACCAGAUAAACGGCAUGCUGCCACUUUAUAUUGCUUAAAUAAUCACAUAAUUGCAAAUAUUUCCUCCCAGUACUUUUUAUUUGUGCAUAUGUAGAGAAUAAUUUAAAAUGCCCAGGCCUUAAAAAGGGUUAUCAAAACAAUUAUACUGUGGUGUUUGUAGUGCUGAAUAAUAUAUAAGGUAAUGAUCAAUACUCCCUUACAGCGAAUAUUUUUCAUCUUUACAUUAGCUUGGCUAUAAAUUUUCCCUACUGGCUUCAACUUGUGUUAUGUUAGAUCUAUGUGAUUCAUGCCUGCUAUUGAUUAGUGCACAACUAUUCUGUGUGAGAUGCCAAAUUAAUUGUUAUAAAAAGCCACAAAAGUGCUUUUUUAUUGGCCCUGCGAGGCUCAACACACACUAUACUGUUAUUUCAUUAUUUCAUGUGCAUAUAAUUUCCAAUAAGCUUUAAAAAAAGUUAUGCAGUGUGCUUAGAUAUGAAAAUUCACAUAAUAUACUAAGAAAGCUACUUUGUGCAGGACACACUUUAUUUUGUGCCUCAGAAAGUAGCGUAACACAGCAGCAUGCUUCUGAAUGUUGCUGGAUAACUUCCUGUGAGACCAUUACAGUCUUAGAUGAGCACUCCCAAAUAGGAAGAAAUUUCCAUUUUUUUAACACAAGGUUCCUAGGCUUAUGCCAGGUUUGGCUAGCAGCAUCCUCAUUGAAGAGGUAAGAAAUUUGCAGGGAAGGCUGUCAGAAAAUCCCCAAACCCUCAGAACUGGAUAAGCCAAUACUUGAUACAGAUACUUGUUGUACUGUAGGCAUGGAUGCUGAACCUCAGAGAUUUGCAGAAGCAGUGCUUCUCUGCAAAGUGUUCUUAUUUCUAAGAGAAAAAAUGUCUGUGUAAGCUUGCUGUGAUGUACAUGGAAAAACUUAAUCAUGUACACACUAUUACACUUAGGUGUAGGAUGUUUUAAUGUCUGAAUUUUAGAUGAGUAAAUAAUAACACAUCAUAGAGAAUGGUUACUAUCUAAACAGAAAUGCAUGGCACUGGACUAUACUAAGGAUUUUCAUUUCUCAAGCCUCUGGAAGAUCAUACUGUGAGUAAAUCUUUCACUGUAUUCCUGAUUCAUUGAUGUCUGAAAGGAGAUCUUUUGGUUCCAUGUGUAACAUUGCCUUAUUUCACAAUUCUGAUUAAAAUGUAUUUUUUCAGAAUUUAUUUUUCAAGACAAGUUUCCUCAUUCUUGAUAAUUUUGGCAAUCUAAAAGCUUUUUUUUUUCUCUGAAUGUAUUAUCUGUUGUGCAAAAUCAGUAUAACUGAGCUUAAGAAAUGUGUUUAGGAAUGAUGAGAAAAAUUGAGGGCAAUCUUUUAAUUUGAUACAUUAAUGCUGUCUGAAAUGCAUCAUUCUAACAAAGAUCCAAAGUAUUUGAAGUGUUGUACAUUAAUUUUGUCAUCAUCUUCUUCAAACAACUCACAAAAUGGGAGAAAAGCCUUGAAAAUAGUUGCUUCACAAUGAGGGAUAAGUCAUAUCUGGAAAAAAAAAACAACCUUUCAAUGGAAACAAUAUGUACAUUGUUUGUUUUUUCCUUCAUUUCAUAGGUAUACUGGAAUUUAUCAGUAUAGCAGUGGGCUUGGUCAGCAUCCGAGGAGUCGACAGUGGACUUUAUCUUGGAAUGAAUGAGAAAGGGGAACUGUAUGGCUCGGAAAAAUUAACCCAGGAGUGUGUAUUCAGAGAGCAAUUUGAAGAAAACUGGUAUAACACAUAUUCAUCAAAUCUAUAUAAACAUGUGGACACUGGAAGACGAUACUACGUUGCGUUAAAUAAAGAUGGGACUCCAAGAGAAGGGACUAGGACUAAACGGCAUCAAAAAUUUACACAUUUUUUACCUAGACCAGUGGACCCUGAGAAAGUACCAGAACUAUAUAAGGAUAUUUUAAGCCAAAGUUGACAAAGACAAUUCCUUCACUUGAGCCCUUAAAAAGUAACCACUAUAAAGGUUUCAUGCGGUGGGUUCUUAUUGAUUAGCUGUGUCAUCACAUCAGCUCCACUGUUGCCAAACUUUGUCGCAUGCAUAAUGUAUGAUGGAGGCUUGGAUGGAACAUGCUGAUUUUGUUCUGCACUUAAAGGUUUGUCCUCCUGGAGGAGAGCCUAUGCCCACUCGCUUGAUUUAGUACGAGAGGGAGCGCGAGAGAGUGAGUGAGAGAGAGAGAGAAAGGGAGAGGAUGAAUGGGAGUGAGAGCGCGAGAGAGAGGAGCCGAGGGGAGGAGGAGGAGGGGGAGGAGGAGGAGGAGGAGGAAGGCCUGAUGCAUGCUGGGGAAUAGACACGCUUUUAAAUUUUUGAUCAGUUGUACUUCGUCAUAUAUCAGCAUAGCUGCCAUACUUCGAUUCAUCAGGAUUUUUGGCUGGUGGCCUGCUCAAGUGUACGCUGCAUUUACAAAGGCAUGGAGGGUGCAGUCUUACUUAAACAAGAGACUUUUCAGUUAAUCGCUCUCUGGGUCUCACCCCACUGAGUUUAAAGCAAAGACCUCUUAGUAAAAAAAAAAAAUAAAAAAAUAAAAAGUUAAAUUUAUUUAUAGAAA